AGGAAUGGAAGAAGAAAGAAAAGAAAAGAAAAUUGGAAACCAGAACAGACAUUGAAAUAUUGCAAUUCCCUCUCUUUCUAUCUAUGUAAUAGCAAUAACAAUCCUCUCUUCCGCGUGCCAGAGCGGUAGCAACGUCAGCAGCGCUUCAUUUUAUCUCAUGAAAUCAAAUCAUUCAGUUAGGUACUUGGUUUGUAAACGAAGCAAGGCCUCCGUCAGUCAGAUCUCCUCUCCUCCCCUCUCCUCCCCUCUCCCUAACUAAUAUCCUCGUAAGCCGGCGUAAUGAUUCAGUUAGGGUUUGCGAUUUCCAAAGCUCUCUUCCUCCUCCAGUCUUGCGAAGAUUAUUAACUCAUUGUUUCUCCUGAGGCACGCAUUUUUUAGUGUGGUGGAUUAGUUAUUUACCUUGCUUGCUCACAAUGGCUGAAUUGCUGCCAAUUUACUUUAGCGUAAUUGCUUUCUUCUGCGCCUUGGGAGCUAUGGCUUUGGCCGUUUUCCACAUCUACAGGCACCUUUUGAAUUAUACUGAACCUACUUAUCAGAGAUACAUUGUCCGCAUCAUCUUUAUGGUCCCGGUUUAUGCAUUGAUGUCUUUCUUGUCCCUGAUUUUUCCAGAAAGUUCUAUCUAUUUCAAUUCCAUAUGUGAAGUUUAUGAAGCUUGGGUCAUUUAUAACUUUCUGUCCUUAUGCCUGGCAUGGGUUGGUGGCCCUGGAGCAGUUGUGCUAAGUUUAAGUUGUCGGGUUAUGAAGCCAUCAUGGUGUCUGAUGACUUGUUGUUUUCCUACCAUGAUGCUGGAUGGCCGUUUUAUUCGAAGGUGCAAGCAGGGUUGUUUGCAAUUUGUGAUUCUGAAGCCUUUCUUAGUUGCUCUUACACUCCUACUUUAUGCAAAAGGGAAAUACAUGGAUGGAAAUUUCAGUCCUAAACAAUCAUACUUGUAUCUCACCAUUAUAUACACAAUAUCCUAUACUCUGGCAUUGUAUGCUUUGGCAUUGUUUUAUGUGGCAUGCAAAGAUCUCCUUCAGCCUUUCAAUCCAGUUCCAAAGUUUAUCAUCAUCAAAUCUGUUGUUUUCUUGACGUACUGGCAGGGAGUUCUGAUUUUUCUGGCUGCAAAGUCUGGAUUCAUUAAGGAUGCAGAAGAAGCUGCUCAGUUUCAAGAUUUUAUUAUAUGCGUUGAGAUGCUUAUAGCUGCUGUUGGUCAUCUUUAUGCAUUUCCAUACAAAGAGUAUGCUGGUGCAAAUGUUGCUGGUUCAUGUGAUCUGACACGUAGUCUUGCACAUGCCUUGAAGUUGAAUGACUUAUACCAUGACACUGUUCACCAGUUUGCACCAACUUAUCAUGAUUAUGUGCUCUACAACCAUACUGAGGGUGAUGAUGGAACAAGAAAGUAUCGCUCCCGCACCUUUGUGCCAACUGGCCAGGAGAUGGAUGCUGUGAGAAAAAACAAACUUAUGUUUGGAAACAAGAUAGAUGAGCUAUCAAGUCACUCCUCCUCUGGCACAAGCACCCCCAAAAAUGAUUCCUCAGUGCCCCAUCCUGCACAUUCUGAUGCAAUGAAAUCUUCCCACCUUAUGGGUGCUUCUGAUUCUUUAUCCUUGCCAUAUGAUAUGUCGCUUAUUGACAUGGACUUCUCCAACUACCCUGCAAAAGCUGCUGCUGCAAAUGAAACUGGGAUUAGGUGACAAGAAUGGGGGAACUGCAACAAAUGGGUAAGAAAAGUUUCCUUCAAAAAGCGAGUAGAGGAAUAUGAGGUCGUCUUUUUGUUCCAGGAAAGCUAAUCUCAAGAGUGUUUUGUAGUCCUCGAUCCUCUACUUUCGUUUGGUUUAAGCAUUCCAGUUGCUGAAGUCAGGAUCCCUUGAUUGCGAUUUAAUUGCCCCAUCCAGGGUCAUCUGCCUUUGUUACCCGUUAUUCUUUGUCGAUACAUAACUUUUAGAUGUCAUACAUAAGACAUUAUAGGUUCAUCGUGAAAAUGGUUGGAUUGUUUUUCACCCUUCGAAUAUCGGUGAGUGUCCACCCUUCUUCCACUUGCGUUCUAGAAAAGAAAGUUUUAGAUAUUACAUUUGCAAUGUGAAAUUGGGUUGUGAACUUGUUUCUGCUGUUCCAUAAGCGCUAACCCAGGGCCAUUAUUUGAGUUGUGGAUUUAACUCA